GGAGCCUCUCACUCACGCUGGAAGGAUGCAGACGGCGAGAGGAGAGAUUCCAGUGCACUUGAAGAAGGCGCUCGCCCGCCGCCACAUGCAAAUGGACAGAACAAUUCAGCGCGAGCCCCUCCUCAAGGGGCAGCAGUGGCAUUUCUGAGCUGGACUCGGCAGAACUGGAUGCCUCAUUCUGCUCUCUGCUUCUUUCUGAGUCACCGGACCGUUGCAGUUUAAAAAGGAAGAGCGAGCGGAGUUCUCUCCUCCGGCUUGGGAUCGGCACGAGCGGCGUCAUGGGUGGAUUUAUGGCGUUUUGGUGAAAGGUUUACUUGGUCGUGGACGAGUUGCUCAGAUGCGUCCCGUCAUGUCCUGGCCUCUGUUGGUGUGGCUCUGGGUCAGCGUGACGACCGUUCAGCUGUGUCAGGCCACUUUCUCCGACGCCGCGCAGGAGCGCCGCGGGACCGGGACCGGGACCGGGCCCGGGCGCACCAGCAUCCACACGAUCGAGGGCGGCACGUGCGAAGUCAUCGCCGCCCACAGAUGCUGCAAUCGCAAUCGCAUCGAGGAGCGCUCGCAAACGGUCAAAUGUUCUUGCCUGCCGGGGAAGGUGGCCGGGACCACCCGGAACAGACCUUCGUGCGUCGACGCCUCCAUCGUAAUUGGGAGGUGGUGGUGUGAGAUGGAGCCUUGCCUGGAGGGGGAAGAAUGCAAGACGCUGCCCGACAACUCGGGCUGGAUGUGCUACGCCGGCAACAAGAUCAAAACCACCAGGAACACUCAGCCAUACACAACUUCGUCUACAUACUGAAGAUUUGCGAGGAGUUCGCCUGUCGACGUCUUUGGGGCAAAAGUUGAAGUGCAGGAAAUCAGUUAUAAAUAAAGGAGUAAAAGAGAAGGGGACUGCGGACAAGUCCCGGAGGUGGCGUUGGGUUCACGACGAGAGGAGGUGUUGCUGUUUCCCAACUUGGCAUCCCCGCGGUCCGUUGCUGAGGCGGUCCAGUAUCCAGGUGCGCAACCAGCUGCCAAUGCCCAGUUUAUGAGGUACCGCUGCGUUAAGUCCAGAAGUGAAAUCUGCAAAGCGCAUCCCCGCGGACCAGUUGGCAUCGUCCAGGUGCUGGUUGCAUCCUCUGCCGACCCAUUUUUUCCACUUUUGCAUGCAAAACGAGGCCCAGGAAGUCCGUCGGUGAUGAAGCCCGACGAUGAGCGUCGCAGAAUUGUGGGCCUCCGUCGCUUUCCACCGCAGAAGCGAGAGGUUGAAGGCGGCGGCGAAAACCUCUGCUACUACGCGGGGCUGCUGCUGUUCGAUGCCGGCGAUGUCCCGUUGCGGCAGAGCAAGAUGGCCGCCCGUACCCCUGUUGCGCUCGUCCAAGCGGGGGGAGGAUUGGAAGCGUUGGUUCCGCGUCUGUCGUGACCGCAGAUCCGGAGGGAAGACCAGAAACGGCAGACGCGCCUCUGCGGCGGCCAUGUUGGCGUUCCCGGCGUCCCCAGCGCAGCCCAUCAGCACACGUUGCAAUUAAGUCGUAACGAGCUCAUUUCUCGAGCUUGACUUGCCAAACCGUGUGCCAGACCGACCGAACCAUUUGGGGAUUUUGGAUGAAAUUCCUCGAGUGAGUUGAUUUUAAUGUGGAAAAAUGAAUUUGUGCACUUAGUGGGGCGGCACGGCGGAUCUUCUGGUAAAGUGUUGGCCUCGCAGUUCUGAGGUCCCGGGUUCGAUCCCUGACCCGCCUGUGUGGAGUUUGCAUGUUCUCCCCGUGCCCGCGGGGCUUUUCUCCGGGUGGCCACUCGGCUUUCCUCCCACAUCCCAAAAACAUGCCCCGAGGUGGGAUUGUGAGUGCGACUCUUUGUCUCCGUGUGCCCUGCGAUUGGCUGGCAACCACUUCAGGGUGUGCCCCGGCUCCUGCCCGUUGACAGCUGGGAUAGGCUCCAGCCCUCCCCAUGACCCUCGUGAGGAUAAGCGUUGAAGAAAAUGGAUGGAUGUUUUUGCUGCUCAAGCAGUUUUGUGCCAUCUUUGAA